GCAUUCUUCAUUCUGAAUGUGAUAACUGUCCAGCAGGAUGUGGAGGUCAGCGCUGGGACUCUGCCUGCUCCUGACGGUCAUCCAUGGGGGAGAUCUGACAGACCCUGACCCGACGUAUAUGCUGUUGGUUCCAACCCUCUUGAAGGCUGGACAUGAACAGAAAUUCUGCCCACAGCUGUCCCAUCUUAAUGAGUCUGUUACCACGACAGUGAUUCUGCAGACGGGGCAGCAGAAUGUGACCCUGCUAGAGAAACACAUCACACAGUCUGAGGACGACAUCUGCGUCACAUUUACGACCCCAGAGACUGACAGUGCGAAAGUGGGGUACAUCACACUGGAUGCUGCAGGUACCUCACUGCACUUCAAGACUAGGAGAAGUGUCCUUAUCAAACCUGUGCAAAACCUGGUGUUUUUCCAGACUGACAAACCCAUCUACAAACCUGGACAGAAAGUCCAGUUCCUUAUUGUGUGUCUGGAUGAGACAUUUCACCCAAAGCAUGAAAAGUUUCCUGUGAUUUAUAUUGAGGAUCCUCACAGAAACCGUAUUAGCCAAUGGCUGAAUGUGGGAACAAGUAGAGGAAUAGCACAGGAAUCCUUCCUUCUUGCUGCUGAACCCCUGCUGGGGACAUACAGACUGGUCGCACAAAGGCUAAAGGGUGCACAGGUUGAGCAAUCGUUUACUGUGGAGGAAUAUGUAUUACCCAAAUAUGAAGUGAAGGUGCAAAUGCCAUCAGUUAUCACUAUCCUCGACCAAGAAUUGAAAGUGACAGUAUGUGGCAAAUACACGUAUGGGAAACCAGCUGCAGGAAGGAUUGAUGUCCAUGUCUGCAGAAUGUAUGAGUAUUCCUAUUCUUCCUGUCCUGGUGUAGUAAAUAAUGUAUGUGAAGAACUGUCACAUAAAGCUGAUAGCAAUGGGUGUUUCUCUAAAGUAGUGAAGACAAAAUUCUUCCAGCUGAGACGCAAUGAAUUUCAGAUGAAAAUCACUGCAACAGCCAAAAUAACAGAGGACGGAACAGGCGUGGAGUUGACAGGUCAAGGUUCCACUGAGAUCAAGAACACUAUUGCAAAGGUAUCAUUCCGACAGCUAGACUCCCACUAUGGGAGGGGUAUUCCUUUAUAUGGACAGGUCUUCCUGGAAGAUGCAGCUGGAAAGCCAAUUAACAAUGAGACAGUGGUAGUAUAUGUAGGUUAUGAUGGAACAAAUUACACCUACUCUACUGGACCUGAUGGAACUGCAGAUUUCUCCAUUAACACCACAUCUUUCCAUCAGUCGUCCAUAAGACUUAGGUGGGUUUACAAGUCUGUUGAAAGCUGCUACAGUUCAAGAACAUUGUUUCCCACUUAUGAAGAGGAGACACGGAAUGUCCAACAUUUCUACUCCAGAAGUAAGAGUUAUGUAAAGAUCCAGCCUAUAUACAGGACUCUGAAUUGUCAGGAUGAUGAGAGAUUCACAGUACAUUAUACUGUGACACCUGAAAGCUUUGGAGAGGACACUCAUGCAAUAUUUCAUAAUCUGGUAAUGGCAAAGGGCGGCAUUGUCAAAUCUGGAAGGCACAAUGUAAAACUAACUCCAAAUCAAGAAUCAUAUGGACAGUUGACAGUUCCACUUCCUGCCAACAUUGACACUGCACCACUGGUCAAAGUGCUGGUGUAUCUUGUGCUGGACAGCGGUGAGGUCAUUGCAGAUAGCGUCAGCUUCAAAGUGGACAAGUGCUUUGCUAACAAGGUGAAGCACUCUUUCUCUGUUGCCGAGGCUCUUCCGGGAUCACAUGCUGACCUCACUCUCUCCACUCUGCCAAACUCUCUGUGUGCAGUGCGGGCAGUAGAUGCCAGUGUUUUACUGCCGAAACCUGAGGCUGAAUUGUCCGCAAAAUCGGUGUAUGACCUGCUGCCAGUUGUAGACAUGUCUGGUUACAACCAUGAAGGCCAUUACCUAGAGGAGCAACGUGAAGACCCAUGCAUCAAGCUGGAGCCUAUAUUUAUGAAUGGAGUAUAUUACAAUCCCUCUACCCCUGACGGCGACAUUGAUGCCUAUGAGACCUUUAAGGGAGGUGACUGGGAGGUGGCUAUUCAGAUACAUGGAGAUGUACUACCAUAUGAACGUGUUAUGGGAGUGACACAGAAAUGGAUGUGUACUCAGACUCUUAAUAGCGUACAUUGGAGGCCAUACUCUGUCAGAGAGUCUGCUCCUAGCAUGGAGCUGGUGAAAGUUUCCGUGGUGCCUCCAGUGUUUGCAAUCAAAAAUACUCCAAGCAAAGUAGAUUCAGCUAAUGUGGAAGACUUUGAGGAAAUGGAUGGGAUGGCCAUGGAGCUGUCUGCCACUGAUGACUUCACUGAUGACAUCAUUCAAACUGUGAGAAAAUAUUUCCCAGAAACCUGGCUGUGGGACUCGGCUGAAACCAACUCCCUUGGACAUGCUAACCUAAAACUGACUGUACCAGAUAGUAUAACAACAUGGAAUGUUGGGAUGUUCUGUACGUCAGAAGGAGCCGGGUUUGGUCUUUCAGAACCAGUGUCACUCAUAACUUUCCAGCCUUUCUUCCUUGAUACAACUUUACCUUAUUCAGCCGUCCGGGGUGAGACGUUCACUCUGAAAGCUAGUGUGUUUAAUUACCUUCCACAAGCCAUCCGGGUGAGUGUUUCUUUGGAAAACUCUGACAAGUUCACAGCUAAGAAUACAGACGCAGAGGAAGAAGGGGAAGUGAAUUUUACAGUCAGUGCUCAGACUCUGCUGGGAGCUGGUCUGUGUGGCAAUAAGAUUUUGAAUCCAAUAAAAGAGAGAAAGGACACAAUCACCAAACAUAUCCAGGUUGAGCCAGAGGGUGUACCAAAAGAAGAUACACAGAGCGCUAUGAUAUGUGGGAAAGGCUCUGAGAUAAUGGAACACAUCUCUCCUUGGCUCCCAAGCCGUGUGGUGGAAGGUUCUUCUCGUGCUUAUUUCUCUGUAAUUGGGGAUACCAUGGGCACAGCAAUGCAGAAUCUGGGGAGCCUCCUUCAGUUGCCAUAUGGAUGUGGGGAGCAGAAUAUGGUCCUUUUCACCCCCAAUAUCUACAUUUUGGAGUAUCUCAAUAAAACUAAUCAGCUGACCCCAGAGAUCAAAUCAAAGGCCCUGAGCUACCUGACCACUGGAUAUCAGAAACAACUGACUUACAAGCAUGCUGAUGGAUCUUACAGUGCAUUUGGACCACAGUUUGGAGAAGGGAAUACCUGGCUGACAUCGUUUGUCAUGAAGUCCUUUGCCCGGGCUAAAUCUCACAUCUACAUUGAUCCUACACAUGUCUCAGCUUCUCUUCUGUGGCUUUCAAAUAGUCAGAAACAAAAUGGCUGCUUCCAAAAUGUUGGCAGACUAUUCAAUAAUGCUAUGAAGGGGGAAGUGGACAAUGAAAUCACAUUGGCUGCAUAUAUUACUGUUGCUUUACUGGAAUACCCACUGCCUGUCACGGACAUAGUAGUGCGAAAUGCAUUGUUCUGUUUGGAGAGUGCAAUGGAUGGUGAGAACAGCGUCUACACACAAGCUUUAAUGGCUUAUGCUUUUACUCUUGCUGGAAGAAUGGAACUACGUUCUCGCCUCCUUCAGUCCCUGGAUAAACAGGCCAUUAAGGAAGAUGGUACAGUCCACUGGCAUCGUCCAGAGUACUCGGAUGAAUCCGGCACAGUAAGAGCCCCUCAUAGUAGGGCCCAAUCUAUAGAAGUGGAGAUGAACGCUUACGUGCUGCUGGCCAUAUCGGCCAAACCCAAGGUCGCUGAUGAAGAUAAAACAGCUGCCACUAAAAUUGUCACUUGGCUCAUAAAGCAGCAGAAUCCUAAUGGUGGCUUCUCCUCCACUCAGGAUACAGUAGUUGCUUUCCAAGCUCUGUCUCUCUAUGGCUAUUAUGCUCUCAGCCAUGAUGGUCCACGUGUUGCCUCCGUCACCCUGGACAGCACUCAAGUUGCAAAGUUCCACGUUAAAGUCUCCAACCGCCUUCUCCUGCAGCGUGCCACCUUGCCCAGUGUCCUGGGAGAUUACACUGUCACAGUCAGUGGGUCUGGGUGUGUGUACACACAGACUAGCGUGAGAUAUAACAUACCACAUCCAGAGGGUGACGCCCCAUUCACCAUCACAGUAACUACAGAGCCAGAGAUCUGUAACAUCAAAUCUAUAAAAUCAUUUGGCAUCGCAGUCAAUGUAAGCUACAUUGGGAAGAGGGAGAACACUAACAUGGCUUUAGUUGAAGAAAAGCUGCCUUCUGGAUACAUCCCAGUCAAGCCUUCAAACAGCUAACAAGCCAUCCAUUGAUUAAGAAAACUGAAACUAGUCCAAAUAAAGUAACUGUAUACUUUGAGAAGCUCACUAAGGACAUACAGAGCUUUAAGUUCUUGGUUGAACAAGAAAUUGCCGUCGGUAACCUUCAGCCGGCCACUGCUACUAUCUUUGACUAUUAUGAGACAGAUGAUUUUGCCAUAACAAAGUACGAUGCCCCCUGCAGUUCAAAAGAUGAGGCUAGAAAGGAGUAACAAAAUUACAAUGGAGCAAAUAGAAGAAACAUGAGCAGACCGGUGAUCAGAUAAAGAGAUGUCUAAGGACUAGCCCAGAUUUGGGACUAACUUUUUUCCACCCAGUCGUAAAAUUUACUAAGCAAAUAAAACAUAUUUUC